AUGAGUGAGUCUGACAUACACAAUUAUAAGCUUCCCUACGGCAUUGGUGUUAAAUGGAAAGACCUUGCACGAGCCCUUGGGUACUUUGAACCAUGUAUUGACGCAAUUGAAGAGGAAAAAUGUCACUGUCCAAAGGAAUGCUGUAUAAAGGUUCUUGUGCUAUGGAUGAAUCGGGAGGGAGACGAAGCUACUGCUGCAAGAUUAGCUGAUGCUUUAAUGAGAAUAGGACUUAAAAACCUGGCUGACAUUUUGAUAUACCCAAUCGAUCCAAGCCAGGUAAGUAUGCUUCUAAGUCAACUUGCAUUAAUCGACUACUAAUAAAUCUAAACGAAUCAGAGAAGAGCUAUUAUUUUCGUCUUGUAUAGACAAAUAAAAACCUUAAAACAAACAACGUGGCCGAUUAAAGGUCAUUGUAGUUUAAGUUAGCGAUUACUUCUACUGCACCUUUAUAUAGUCAAUGACGUCAUACCACUUGAACCACAGCAAUGCUUCAGGGGUUUGUUUUCGAAUUUCCUGAUUGUUGUUUUAAGGGAUUACAAAAUUUGAACUAGAAGAGCAAACAUUAACUCUGGAGUCCAGGUUGUAGUCAAAACCGUUAACUGAUCUUUGUAGCACCGUUCAUAUAAUUCUUAAGAUAUAUUAAGUGUUUUGUCAUACUACUUUUAUUAGCUCAUAUAAAAAGCUCCAUUUGCUCCAAAAUUCAGCUAGGAUCAUUUCACUUUUGCUCCCAAAAAGAAGAACAAUAUUAAAAAAAGGAAUGAAGUCAACUUUUUUCGGGAAAUCAAUCGGACAACUAUCGUUAUAAAUCGGCAUUCGUUUGACAAAAAAGGAUAUUUUGGUAUGUUAUAUAUUAUCUGGUGUACACUAUUAUGCACUCAAGAUCUGCGACCAACUGCAUUCAACAAUUGCAACUCAUUUUCUUAAAACGAAAUAUGUCGUAUAGCUACAAUUUUUACUUUUCAUAUAAUUUUUUUUUUGUUUUUUAUUUUAGAUCAACGCAUUUGAGAAGGAAAUUCGUGAGAUGAAAAGUCAGUUGGUCAGCUUAGAAGCAAAGGUAGAUAAUGUAUGAAAACAUCAUAGUAGUGCUUAUAAAUGAAUACUUGUUAUCGGCACGCUAACCUUCGCUUCUUUUUUACAAAAUAGGGUUCCAGAAUGAGCGCCAGGAUUAAAGAACUAGAAGAAGAGGUAAGGUUGUACAAUGUCAAUGUUAGUUUAUUAUGAACCACGCAUGCACACUUAAUCAUAUAGUCGCCUCUUGUUUUUGACACGCUAACCUUCGUUCAAUUUUGACAAAAAAGGGUUCCAUAAUGAGCACCAGGAUUGAAGAACUAGAAGAAGAGGUUAUGCAACGUCAAUUUUGGGUUUAUUAUGAACCACGCUUGUACACUUUAUCAUAGUUGCCUCUUUCCGAUAGCAGAAGGGUAUAAAAGGGAGUACGUUUUAGGCAAGUUGUGAGAGAAAUAUUAUUUCUCUUAACAACAUUUUAUAUUCCCAUUUUUAUAUUUCUUUACGUGAUGUACAUAAAAUUAUCUGCCGCUGUUUUCUUGGAUCUGAUCAACACAGAGUAUUUGAGAACAAGAGAAACAAAAGCUUUUUGUCGCUGAGGAAUUAUUUCAUUUGCCAAGUUCACAGCUUUUAAUACUUCAGCCCCACUCUGACUUCGUACUUGUUCCAUUUUUGUUAGCUGAAGGUUUUUUUUUUGGAAGUUAGAGAUUAAGGAUUGAUAACUCACAUAAAUUACCAGAACAGAUUAUUGAAGAAAAUACUUAUUUUAAUUUAAUUUGUUCAUGUUUUUGUUUUGUAUGAUAACAGAACCAGCAAUUGCGUGCCACUGUAGAAAUUAAAGAUAGAGGAGAACGUGAACAGGAGAUUAGCCAGGUAUGCAUGAAAUCACCAAGCUAAUUGUGCUAUAGUUUGGCGUACAAUGUUUGGUCAAACAAGCAUCUUUUUUUCCCUUUUCCUUUACAGGUUGAGCAGGUUUAUAGAACGGGCAACAAAUCUGAAGAGUUAGAAGAACAGCUUUUAAUUGCCAGGCAAUCGUCUCAAGAGAAAGAGGAAGAAGUAAGACAGCAAUUACUGCCGUGUAAUGAUUGUACGCCUGUCGUGCGUCUCAGGCCCUGGAGACUAAGUUGUCCCGGAAAGAGGAUCACACCCUCCAAGCCGAGUAAAUUUUAGUGAACGUUCAUAUGAGAAAAACGUUUACCCAUUUGCCGGAGCCAAGAGUGCUUGCGCAUGCUCUGAUAGUCUCACCUUGAUGGAGUUCGCGGACUGCAGGAGCCAAAGUAAAGUUGGCCCGGCUAGAAGGACUAGAAGGGUGACCCUUCCAUCCGGAAAAACGGUUCACCAAGUUUUGAAAAGAAAUUGGGGAACUGUUUGACUCGCGCCCAGGGUAGCUCUGGCAGGUGGUUGAUCCUUGAAUCCUAGGCCAGUUUACUCCAGAUAAACCUGGCCUUAUAAAUGUUUAGUGUAAGGUAUUAGACUUACAGACCUAUAACAACUGCGUCACUUAACCAUUAACUAGCAAAAUUAGAAUACAUGACAAUUCCACAAAUCGGGAAAACGUGAUUUUUGAAGUUGAUUUUAUCAACAUGCAGUUUAGGAGACGAAUUAUUUUUAAAGUACGUGCACGCGCGGGUAAAGGAAAGAUUUGCCAGCCUUUCUCUCGGCAAAAAGGCAUUUGGCGUUUUUACAAAAUAUUAAUAACGUUUGUUUUUCUUCGUUUUACAAUCUACAGAUCUUACGAUUGAGAAAAGAGAUUGAUGAACUUAAAGAAGAACUUUCUAAUGUCAAGCGUGAGUCACGCGAUACCAGGCAAGAGGCAAGUCAAUAUUGUUGACACACAUAAUACAUGGGGAACAUUGUAACAAACAUCUUAAUUUUGAUCAUCUUAUCUGGUUAUCUGGUUUGGCGUCUUCUAGUUUAAGAUGGGAACAAAAAACAGUUGAGAACUGCGAAAAAUUAAAAAUCGUCAGACGAGCAAUUUUUCGCAAUUUUCGCAACUGGCUUUCAAAAACCUCCAACCUUGCGAUUUUUGCGAUUUUUCGAAAACAUGACUGGCCCAAGUUAUACUUCUAGUCCUAAAUGCCAAAAACAGUGGUGGCAACUCGAGCCCAAAUGUCUGCCUCAUGAGGUUUUGCGUUUGGCGUAUUUUUAGUUGCCUAUUUGAUCGCUUUCUUCUUUUCCACCAGAGUCAUUUUCUUAUGCACUUUUCGAUUUAUAAUGUGUUUUAGGAGGGCGCUUUCUUCUCGGAUGCGGACCAAGCAGAUAGGGAACAUCGCAUUGGGGCUCAAUUAAAAAAUAUUAACGAGCAGCUCAACACAUACGUUACAUCUCCUUUGCAAACGCCGGUAGUAAAACAAGACCAACUACGAUUAGCCGUCAGACUUGACCUUUUGAUUAGACUGAGCGAGAACCUGCAAGAGUUAUACACUGAGACACAAGGAAUGAUUUCGGAAGCUGUUAAAUGUAACGAAGGCUUAAGAAGAGACUAUUAUGACCUUGCCUAUCACGGUCUUAGGGCGGAACACUUUGACUUGGUCCACCGAGUAGAAGAUUUGGAAUCUGCACAAGAGGAUAUGUCUGAAGAAGAAAGAAAAGAAUAUGAAAGACUUCAGUCAUAUCAGAAGGACAGACAAAGACAAGUCGAGGCAUUGGAUAAAGUGUGGAGACAUCUUUUUUCUCCGGUAUGUGAACAGAGCAGAACUUGUUUUCAGUCAGAUUGGUUGCUCAACUCUCCUAAGCAUAAAAAAAUAGGCAAAACAAGCUAAACGGUAUCAUGUCAUAGUGCAUAGUUAGUGAAGGUCCUAAAGAACGAAAUUUCUUAUUUAUAAUCUUAUCGGCUCGCCCUUGCAAUACUCUGCGAACAGAGACCCAUUGGUCUUCGAUCUUCUUCGACAGUAGCCUGUGAACAGGCCUUUGGUCGAGCGGGAAACUGGGGAGAGGGAAAGCGAAAAGGCCUGUAGACAACCCUGUAGACAAACAUUUGGGACCGCCGUUCUACGGCACACGCUGUGCAUCAGAUCAUGAUGCAAGCUCCUAUUGGCGAGCGAACAGAGACCCUUUGGUCUUCGAUCUUCUUCAACAGUAGCCUGUGAACAGGCCUUUGUUCCAGCGGGAAACUGGGGAGAGGGAAAGCGAAAAGGCCUGUAGACAACCCUGUAGACAAACAUUUGGGACCGCCGUUCUACGGCACACGCUGUGCAUCAGAUCAUGAUGCAAGCUCCUAUUGGCGAGAACACUGACUGUUGACAGAACUGAUUGACAUCGGCUUUUCGGUCGGCACGUAUCACGCGAUUUGAUCACAAAGUGGCAAUAACAAAACAGUCCAAAGAAUGUUAAGAUUAUUCAAGAGCUGUUACCAGGGAAGAACUACGCGCUCCAGUCAAAAGACUCACAUUAUGUUUAGAAAACCACUAAGCUGGAGUUUAGCUAGUCACAAUGCAAUUUUCCAUAGUUGAUGUAGCUUCGGUUUAAGCUGUGCUUCAAUCUUGCAAUGUUGGAUCUGUAAAUCACUGCCCGUGAUAAUUUUUAAACAUUCUGCAAAGAAAACUAACGAGCUGGGCUCAGCUUGAUACAACAUUGCAGAAAAACAUUACAUUCACGGACUAAAGAAAAUCGCUUAGUCAUUCAGAUCCAGAAGGCACUUUGGAGAAAAGUAAGACCCUUAUUCAGCCGCAAUAAAAAGCUUUACGCUUCAAAAGAGGUCAAAGAAAAUGCUCUUGCAUCAGAGGGCAAAUCCUGCCGACCAGAAGCGAAAACCACAGUAAACUGAUGUGUGCCAUGACCUCUCAGUGUGAUAUAAGCGGCUAAAAUUACAUUUGCUCAGUGAAAAUGUAGAACCUUUCAAGCAUAAUCUACUCACCUGAAGAAAAAACUCAUGGGAACAAGCAGCAUUUUGGCAUGAGGUAAAAGUCGUGUAGGCCUACCGCCCCCUUUUAUUGCUAUAAGUACCCGAAGGUGUAAUUCCUGUCGGCGAUCGAAGCGCUGCUGAUCUCUUUGUCCUUAUCUUCGUAGCUUCACGUUCUGGAGAAGUCAUGAUAGUUCCUGUACCUUUCGCAUUCCAGUUCGUUCAUUGCAGGGGCUUGUUAAAUAAGAAACUGAACUCGCAAGACGAACGGCCUGUCGCGCACAAGUUAAGCAGCUUAAAUCGGAAAAGCUUUCUCCUUGCUCAAGGAGAAAUCUUACGAUUCAAACGCUUGCGCUAGUACAACGCUGUCUUGACCACUGUCAACCAGCAAGGUCUUAUUUCUUUUCUUAUUUCUUUCUUCCAAAGACUGGCACGGUAUUAAUUCUCUUACCAGAGAUCAACCACUUUUUGCAAAAUCGACAAUGAGGCUCGCGCUCCAUUUCACUCAGUUUUCAGACGGAGCAAAACACCGCUCAUUUCCCGUUAAUUUUUCCAGGAGUUACUCAAGCGCGAAAAUUGAUUGACAGAGAACGAUCUUGCUGACAGAUGAUCGGCAGGACAAUUACAAGAUGACGGAAUAGCGACCUCAAAUAUUUGUCUACAGGCUCUCCACCCCCCCCCUUUCUCCCUUAAUUUUUCCAGGAUUUACCAAAAGGCGAAAAUUGAUUGACAGAGAACGGUCUGGCUGAAAGAUGAUCGGCAGGACAAUUACAAGAUGACGGAAAAGCGACCCCAAAAAUUUUGUCACAGGCCCCCCCCCCCCCCCCCCCCCCACUUUCCCUUCCCUUUCCAAGCUCUUUUUCCCCAAACAAAGAGCCUUCGACAGAGGGGCGUCUGCUCGCAGGGUCUGCUUGUAAUCAUUUCAAACAGCAUCAGUCGUGGGGCCAGUUGCAUAAACUCAGGCGAUCGUAAAAAGCAAUCUUCGACAUUAAACUCAGGGACCAGUUGCUAGUUGCGUUUCAUCUGACGUUCAAUUUAAACGCAAGAUUCAAUGGUCAUGAUGCAAAAGCCUCUUGUCAGUUCAGCCCAAAGCUUACUGACUUUUGUUAUAUUGCAGGUCGGUCGCCUUCCUAAAACAACAGCAUCAGAUCCUACUGGCAGCAAGUCGAGGGGGUGUAAAAAGGUAAAUGCAUGUAUGUUGAGGAUGUGAUCUAUUCACCAAACGCUAAAUAUAGAGUGUUUUCACAUGACAUCAUGGCGGCCAUCAUUUGGUGUCGCAAAACAAUAAGACAGCUGUCAUGUUGGUGUCCUAAACUAAUCCUGUGGAAGUUGAACUCCUUUCCUUUGCAAACGGCUUUCUUUUGUUCCAAUAUCUAUGCAUAGAUACUGGUCACGUGAGUGAAAACGCUCUAUAUGAUAUAUGAUAGCCAUCACAAAGUGUCCUCGAGAAUAAUAGUUUUCCAGCUGAAGAUCUGUCGAAUCUUAAGCAAAGAUAAGAAAAGAAAAAACAACACAAUGAAACAAUAAGUGCUUAUAUUUCCAGCAGUUCUUCAUGUCCGUUGUCACUUCAUUUAAGCUGCAUGUUCCCGCUUUACUGGAAUUAUUAUGAAAAGAAAAGAAAAUCGGAAAGAAAGAAAAUCCAAGAAAUUAUUUCUCAGCUCUGAAAUCCGUUUACAGAUUUCGCGUUCGAUUGCAAAUCCGAAACCCGGAUUUUAUAAUCUGAAUCCAGAUUACCCAAUCGAACGCACCCUGAGCAAAGAGACAACGAAGAAGAAAAGUCAGUUAGCAAUUUCACUUUUCUUUUGAAGGUCUUGCGACUCACGGAUCCGAGUUACUUACUCAAGAAGCUAAAAUUACGUGAAGAAACCGAUACAGGCGCUGAAGCGCCUUCAACCAGCAACGAUGAAAAACCAGAAGAAGACUCUCGUGUAAGUACUGGCGAAUUUCAUUUCUUUUUAAAAUUCCUCCUGAUUUUCGAAAGUUGUAACCAGUUUUCUACCAUUUUUUAACAUUUUUGUCAAAGAGAAGUUUUAUGAGGAAAAACUGGCUAAAGGAUUAAACGUUUCUGUCAAACAUGAACUAUAGGAAACAUGGAUUUCAACUAAACUGAGGUUUAAUUAAUGCGUAAUUAAUCCAAUUGAAUUAUCUCAGUACUCUUUUGUCCUGUCCGGUCCCAGUGUAUUUCUCGUAGAAAAGCGUGGAAAUACAGGGCACUAAUUUGUUUUAAAGGACUCAAUCGGCAUUCGUAAGAUCUCCUCUAAAAAGUUAAGGAGAACACACCGCACGCUUAGCACCCUCGUCUCAGGUUUUAAAGAGGACGCUCGGUUACCAAGCCUCCGCCAAACGCCAAUGGAGUUUUGAAGAGUAUUUCCAGGCUUUUCGGAAAAAGAUAAAAUAUACAGGAGAAGACAAAGAGUACUUUAAUCUGGGUUAUUCAACCUUUUUACACAAAAGUUUAACCUUUUAUUUAGUCGAAAACCAUGUUUCCUCUGUUUACUUUCUAUAGCUUAUGAUUUAAAGUGCAUUUGAGCAAUCGGCACUUCUCACGUUCUUGUCUGCUGCUCCUUUACCAUUCAGUUAGACAGGGACCGGGCUCCGCUUGGGGGAAAUUUCAAAGGAAAAAAAAUGGCGGGCGAAGUGAAUCAUCUUUUCCUGUAAAAAACACACCGUGGGAAUUGAAUAAAUAUAUUCCUUCACUAAAUAAACUUAUUUUUUUAUUUUGCAGCUCAUGCGUAAAAAAAGAUCCUCAGUUGGAAACGCCCUUCAGUCCAUCCAGUCCAGAAAGAAGGAGGGUGGUGAAAAACAGAGCUCUAGUGUCCCUUACAUGUUAAUGAGGGAUGGUUAA